CACUGUUUCUGCUACCGAUGUUUAAACAUAUUUUUACAGUUUAGCAUUAAAGCUUAAGUAUUUAUAAAACCGAGCUAAUGAUUUCAUUAUCAAACAUUAAUCUAAAAUACAUUAUAAAGAUAAUGAGAUUAUUUUUAAAAAGACUGAAUGUGCACUUUUUGUUGCUUUAACCUGUAUCGCAGACUCUGUACAAAUCUCAAACUUAGGUUGAGAUAAGGUGUGCACUGAAAACAAAACAAAAUGGCGGCCAUAUCUCCAGAAUACCAACUUGGAUCUCCUCAAGAACACAUCCCAGCAUGUGAGAAACAUAACUUUAGAAUAGACAUGACAUGUGAGGACUGUGAUCAGUUUAUUUGUUUACAAUGUGCCAAAACAGACCACAAGGAUCAUGACUGGAAAGAUAUUUCCACAGCAGGAAAUCUAAGGAGAGGAGAGCUAAAGAAGACUUUGAGUAAGGUUAAGGAGGAAGAUGUGACAGAGAUUGAUAAAAACAUCAGGAAGGCGUCCAAACAAAUGGAAGACAACAAAACAUGCUGUGAUUCUGAGGUCGUUAAGCUUCAGAAACAGUUUGAUGCGAUUAUUUCAAAACUGGCAGAUAUCAAUAAGAAUUAUAUAAAGAAACUGAGUGAUAAUCUGGAAAGAAAAAAUGCUGAGGUGAGCGAGAACAUUUUAAACUUAGAAAGGAGAAAGAAACGGGUAAUGGAUUUAGUAAAGUUUCUGGAAGAAAGCAACAGUACAAUGUCUGACUAUAGUUUGAUUGACAACAUCAGAAACUUGUCCAACCUUCUGUCCAACAGGGACUUUUAUUUAGAGAAGGGGGAUCAUUCAGAGAGAUACAAAAGUGGGGACAUCAGCGAGGGAUUACUGGAAUCGAUGAUGGGACAAACUUUUGAUUUGGAUGAUUUUAUUGUUAUUGAAACUGGUUCAUUUCAAUACGGAGAAAAAUCUAUAAUCUUUAUAGAGGCAAUCAAUGAAGAUACGUGUUUCCUGAGAGGUUUGAAUUUAGAUCACAUUGAACUUGUUAAUAGAAUGAAUGAAAAGGGAACAAAAAUCAGUAUCAGUGUAAGUGACGUUUGUGUAACAGACAAUGGUGAUGUGUAUGCCACUGAUUAUAAUAAUUGCAUCAUUGUUAGUCUGCCCCCGUCAGGCUCAGUCUCUACAGUAUUUAGUGCAGCUCCAUUGGUACCCUUAGGAAUUUGUCAAUCAACAGAAGGUGGACUGCUGGUCUCAUUGAGAGAUACAGAGUCGGAACGAUAUCAACUAGAUUCGAGCAGCAGACGUUUGGUCAGACACGUGACACUGAAUGGUGACGUCAUCUGUGAGUACGAGUACCAAGCGGACGGUCAGACCAGACUGUUCACUGUACCAUGGAGAGUUAAACAAAGCACCAACACUGAUAUCUGUGUGGUUAACUGGACAAGUGAAUUUACAGGUGAACUGAUGAUUCUAUCCUUCACUGGGUCUCUGAAGUUAGUCUACCGUGGACAGAAACUGGAAAAAAAAUUUAAACCAACUGAUGUAGUGUUUGACUCACAUUGCAACAUCAUCGUUAGUGACACAUUUAACAGCAAGAUACAUCUCCUGAGUCCUGAUGGGGAGUUUAUGAAGUAUGUCGUAAAAGAGAAUGGAAUAACAUAUCCAGUUUCCAUGUCCUUCUACAAACCGACAUUGUGGGUUGGCACCUACGACGGACUUGUCAAAUUGUUUCAAUUCAAUUAAACUUAAAAUAAUAAGUAACAGGAACUUGUGAGGAGUCUUAAUAAUCAGUCUUUUAAGAAAUGUAUUAACAUUUUACCAAUGACCCGAAAAUUCAACAUUGUAUUACUGAUGUAACGAUAUAGAACAUAUACAUUAUAUUAGUACAUCGAGUAUGUAUUUUGUAAAACAGGUGCUGUACCUUUCAGUACAUACUGUCUUUUCAUUAACUGAUAUCCAUUAACUACAUGAAAUGUUUUAUUAUGAAAAAUAAAUCCCAU